AUGCCAGGGGAGAACCAGAGCACUGGAUUGGAGUUUCUCCUCCUGGGGCUCCCCAUCCAGCCAGCACAGCAGGGCAUGUUCUUUGCUCUAUUCCUGGCCAUGUACCUGACCACCGUGCUGGGGAACCUGCUCAUCAUCCUGCUCAUCAGGCUGGACUCCCGCCUCCACACCCCCAUGUACUUCUUCCUCAGCCACUUGGCUUUCACCGACAUCUCCUUUUCAUCUGUCACUAUUCCAAAUAUGCUGAGGAGCAUGCAAACUCAGGAUCGAUCCAUCUCCUACUCAGGAUGCAUAACACAGAUGUAUUUUUUCAUACUUUUCACCGACAUGGACAAUUUUCUCCUCACUUCAAUGGCGUAUGACCGGUAUGUGGCCAUCUGUCACCCCCUGCACUACACCACCAUCAUGAAAGAGGAGCUGUGCACAUUACUAGUAGCUGUGUCCUGGGUCCUGUCUUGUGCCAGUGCCUUGUCUCACACCCUCCUCUUGGCCAGGCUCUCCUUUUGUGCUGACAACAUGAUUCCCCAUUUCUUCUGUGACCUUGCCGCCUUGCUCAAGCUCUCGUGUUCAGACACCUCCCUCAACGAGCUGGUCAUUUUCACAGUUGGAUUGGCUGUCAUUACUAUUCCACUCUCAUGCACCCUGAUCUCUUAUGGAUGCAUUGGGGCCACCAUCCUGAAAAUCCCGUCCACCAAAGGAAUCUGGAAAGCCUUGUCCACCUGCGGCUCCCAUCUCUCCGUGGUGUCUUUAUAUUAUGGCACGAUUAUAGGAGUUUAUUUUAUCCCCUCGUCUGGUGCCGCCCAUGUCAAAGACAUAGUUGCUUCUGUGAUGUACACGGUAGUCACCCCAUUGCUCAACCCCUUCAUUUAUAGCCUGAGGAACAGAGACAUGAAAGGGGCCCUGGAAAAGCUUAUGAACAGGGUGAAAAUCACAUCUCAAUGA